AGCCUGCCCCCUGCGCCCCACCACGCAGCCGCCUCCAACCCCUGCUCUCAAAUUUGAGGUCCAAACCACCCUCCCAUCGCCACGCCGCCGGCCACCCCUCCUCCUCCUCCUCCCUCGCUCCGACGAGCCCUCCGCCGCCACCGCAUCCCGCAGGCCCCGCGUCGGGUCUGGUGCGGGUGGAGGGAGAGAUCCACCCGGGCCCGCGAGUUGGUUCCUCCCCCCACGUCGGAAAGUUUUUGUGUGCUUCAUCCAUGAAGAGCUGAAGACAUCGCAUGAAUAGUCCCAGUUAGUCUGCCAUUGCUCUGUGCUUGAUCUUCGUUGUGUCGUGCUUUGCCUUGCGAAGGAAGGAAUCAUGACUUCUGUUGUUCACAGUGUUUCAGGUGACCACAGAGCUGAGGAUCAACAUCAACAGCAGAAGCAAGCUGAACCUGAGGAUCAGCAAGAAGCACCAGUUACUAGUUCAGAUAGUCAACCAACAGUGGGCACACCAUCGGAUUAUGUGGCUCCCUAUGCCCCUCAUGACAUGGGCCAUGCAAUGGGUCAAUACGCCUACCCAAAUAUUGACCCAUACUAUGGAAGCCUUUAUGCAGCUUAUGGUGGACAGCCAAUGAUGCAUCCACCGUUGGUCGGAAUGCAUCCAACUGGCUUACCUCUGCCUACUGAUGCAAUUGAAGAGCCUGUGUAUGUAAAUGCAAAACAAUACAAUGCCAUAUUAAGGCGACGCCAAUCUCGGGCUAAAGCUGAAUCAGAAAGGAAGCUUGUCAAGGGCCGUAAGCCUUAUCUCCAUGAAUCACGGCAUCAGCAUGCCCUGAAAAGGGCUAGGGGAGCUGGAGGCCGGUUUCUCAAUUCAAAGUCAGAUGAGAAGGAAGAGAACUCCGACUCCAGUCACAAAGAGAAGCAGAACGGAGUUGUGCCCCACAAGAGUGGCCAACCGUCAACCCCUCCUUCUCCUAACGGUGCAUCUUCAGCUAAUCGGGCAGACAGUCAUGAAUGAGGCUUCGAAAACUCACAUCCCAAGAGAGUUAAGCCCCUGACGCUAGAUAUGGCAAACAUUUUUGUACAGUAAUUGCUAGCGGGCAACAGCAAGAAUGGUGUUGGUUGUGGUAGGACAUGUUCCAUAGAAAAAACAUAGACAAGUCAGACAGGUUUUGCAGUUUGGUUUGGUCCUCAGUUUAUUCACCUUUUCUGUACAAUUUGAGUAGCAUUGUGUUCUCAUGGAUAGCUUCAGUCAGUUAUUCAGAAAAAGCCUUUGUAGCAUAUCGGCCCAUUGUUUGCUUGCUUGGAAACUUGGGUGUUCAUAACCUGCUGUUCCGCGUCAUCAUUUGGGUAAUCCCUGGCUAUGUGUAUGUUGAUGACAAUAAACCCUAAUGUAGGACAUGUGAGGACCUCA